AUGGCGUGGUGGGGCCCGGUGAGCUUUGUGCUGGUGCUAGUUCAGCGAGCCGAUGCAUUUCAUGUCGUCGAUGCUUCACCUCGCAGACCGCAACUUCGCACACCCAAUCCCAACUUGUGGCCGCUGAAGGCCGUCGGAGAAGCAGCCGAAGAUGGUUCCGGUUCAUUACACGUACCGUUGUUCAGGUUUUCUGACAGCGGCUGCGCAGCGCUUGAUCAGUUUGAGCGGAUUGAUGAUGUGAUCAUGGGUGGCGUGAGCAAAUCUUCCCUCUCUCCCGAUUCAAAUGGAGCUGCUUGGCGCGGUCUCGUCCGCACCGAAGGCGGUGGUUUCUGCGGACAGCGGACGCGGCCGAAGCCAUUUCACGUUCAAUUGCGCGGUUGCAGUUUCAUGCACAUCAGAAACUUGCAUUGUAUCCUUCUUUGA